AUGAGUUAUACCGAGUAUAGCAUGUACACUGAUGACAGUAGCAGUGAUGAAGAAGAUCAGAUAAACGUAGUUGAAAGUGAAGCUACUUCUUUAGAAGAUGAUGCUUUCGACGUAGACAGCUUUUUCAUGGAAGCUAAACAUUCGUUAUCAAUCCCUAGUGUUGAAAACGAAUCUCGAUGCUUUGAAGCAGAUGAAGGUAAUAGAAGAGCAUCUUUGUUUUCUGUUACAACUGGAAGAAAUGGAAUUGAAGUGAUCGAAGAAUCGGAAUCAGCACCUGAUAUUUCAACAGUGCCAUUUCAAGAGUUUGCAGUUCGUUACGUCAAUAAGUAUUUGGUGACGGAUUUGCUUUAUAAGAAAAGCAUUCCAACUUGGGAUCAUUCUUGUCACGUCAACGAGAUGAAAGCUUUACCGGAACAGAUUAGAGCCAUGUUAAAAGUGAAAAAUCUCAAACUUGGGCCCUUGAUGAGGUUGUUGGUGAUCAAGUCAAUACAUGAGAGGAUCGAAUACUAUCGUGACAGACUUCCAAUCGAUAUUUUAACAGAAGAAAAAGAUGAGAUAUUAGCUGGUCUUAUGGCCAGGGAUUUCAAUGACGAUGAAAUUUGGACCAACACUUUAAAAUGUAUCUUGGAGGCAGGUUUUGUAGCAAAGACAGAGAUUUCCCCAUACAACCCUAACCGCAUGUCGUUUGAAGAGAAACUAGAUACGCUGAAAGAUGAAAAUUUGGUGCAAGAGGGUGACGCUUCCGAUGGUACAUUCAUCUGUCCCAGAAUAACCUUCAACAUUUCAAAUAUGAAAAGGCAUAAUGGCUAUUACAGAGCUUCCAAUAUAAAGAGGCACAAAAUCGACGAGCUAUUAGUAUUUGAUCCAAUGGUAAAACAAAGAAUGAAUGCCAAAUUACGGUCUUACAAUAGUAGGAAUGGGGGCCAAAUACCUAAAUUUACUAAACUGGAGUUUGAGCAGAAUAUCAACUUAAAUCAUCCUUUGAUUCCCCAUCUACGAAAUUUGAGAAACCCAAGACAUAGAAAACACAUCGCUGGCGAGCAGAAUGCAUGUCUCCUAUUCAAUAUAGACCAAUACCAAACAUUAGAAGAGGAGUGGAUAGACUCUAAGAAAAAUCUUCCGAUUACGGGUAUUGGCGGAAAAUCUGAAUAUUCCCAUUUCCAUGCUCCAACUUCACACUCAAGAUUCAGGCGACUUUCUUCCAUAACUGGAUCCUACUAUUUGGGAUAUGAUCAAAAGCUAUUUUGUCAUGAUAGUUAUCGGCAAUGGGUUUUCAAGAGCGUUCAUUUCAAGAGAAUUGCUGCUUACAUGUAUGCCCAAGAACUUUCAACUCAGAAGAAGAUAAAAGAAGAGAAAAACUGGCCAUGCAUUGUAUAUGACUUGAACAUUCUUAAUUUACCUUUCAAAGCCGCGGGGAAGGACUUCAUACAGACCUGGUUAUGUACACCGCAAGAUGAAACCGAUGAAGGCUUCGUAUACCUUCCUGGUUUGAAAGAACAGUACCAGGCUAUGGUCAUUGAAAAACUGUCACAAGAAGAAUACCUUCGGAUACAGUCUCUAAAGCGGGAUUUAGGAGAACCGGAAGAUGAUGUUCCUCACAAAAUAGUAUUGAACUUUGACUUCUGA